AGCGUACACGCUGCGGUGACUCGAGCGGUGACCGAGGGAUAAAUGAAUGGUUGUGUCGGCUGUACAGAGACUGUGAUAAAAACAUUUUAGAAAGUUGUCCGGAUUAAACAGUUGAAGGCAGUUGUCUGCGGUGUUGACUGAACAUGUGGAGCUCAGGCCGCCGCGUCCUUCAGGAUCUGCUCAGCCAGACUGCUGUCAGGAGUUUGUCUCUGACUCCUGCUCAGAAUACAGUGGUGGUGGAGCGAUGGUGGCAGGUCCCCUUGUCAAAAGCAGGCAGCCCGCCGAGGCUUCACCCUCGAAGACACAGAAUCUACAAGGUGGUUGAAGACACCAAAAACGCUCCCAAGAAGAAUAUGGAGCUCAUUCUGACUCAGACGGUACCAAAGCUCGGUGGGCGAGGAGAGACUGUGUUUGUGAAAAAAUCAGUUGCCAGGAACAAGCUGCUGCCCGAAGGUCUCGCUGUGUAUCCAUCACAGGAGAACAAAGCGAUGUUUGCUGAGGAGUUAAGACUUCUGCGCGAGGGGAGGCCAGAGGACAGGAUUCAAACCCGCACUGGACAACUGACAGUGGAGUUCCUUAAACGCUCCAAGCUGAAGAUCAACAAAAUGCCCUCUGAAGAAUUCCAGCUCACUAAAGAGAGCGUUUGCAGACAGCUUUUCAGGAAGCUGGGAGUUGUUGUUCCACCUCAUGCACUGAGUCUUCCAUUUGAGCCAAUCAAGGACUUGGGUGAUUACUGGUGUGAAGUAACGGUUAAUGGAAUAAACACAGUUCGCAUCCCUUUGUCACUGGUGCCAUAUGAAGACCAAUCUGCAAGGUACCAGCAGCAGUUGAAAAGACAAAAGCAGCAGCAGACAGCUUCAGACAUUUCAGAAGCCGCUGAUGAAGAGGAAGCAGUUGUGAAGGCCGUUUCUGAUGCAGCAGUGGAGGCUGGUAAAGACUCUGUGAGUCAAGUUAGUGAAGCUUCAGCCUCAGGAGGAGCUUCUGCCGCUGAGGAAACAACAGCCUCAGCUACACCGACAACUCAAGACACAACAGCACCACCAAGUGACAGGCCGAAAAAAGAUUAAAGGACUCCAAAUGAAGACAUCCACACAACUACAGUGGAUUCUGUUUACCUAUAAUACACAAUACACACAUAGAAACUGUUUGGGUUCAAUUAUUAAAAGGAUUUUCAUCUACACAGAAGUCAACACAACCCCUCUCCUGUCACUUAAAUCAGUGUAUCCUUCUGAUGGUUGUCGAUAUACCAUUAAACAAUAAUGUAGUGAUA